AUGGGUCUUAAAACUAAACUUACGGAAAUGCUUGGUAUCAAGCAUCCUAUUGUACAAGGUGGCAUGCAAUAUGUGGGUACAGCUGAGAUGGCUUCAGCUGUUUCUAAUGCAGGAGCUCUAGGUAUUCUUACUGCAUUAACACAACCUACACCAGAAGCUCUUUGUGCAGAGAUUAAACGUUGUCGCCAAAUGACAGAUAAGCCAUUUGGAAUCAAUCUAACCUUCUUACCUGCCAUCGUACCUCCUCCUUAUGAAGAAUAUGCUAAAACCAUCAUAAAUGAGGGAAUCAAAGUUGUUGAAACAGCCGGAAACAACCCUGGUAAAUAUAUUAAAAUGUUUAAAGAGGCUGGUGUGAUCGUUCUUCAUAAAUGUACAUCGAUUCGUCAUGCUUUAUCCGCACAAAAAUUGGGAGUUGAUUUUAUCUCAAUGGAUGGUUAUGAAUGUGCAGGACAUCCUGGUGAAGAUGAUGUAACUGCGUUAAUUCUAUUAGCUAAAGCAGCCAAGAAAUUAGAUAUCCCCUAUAUUGCCUCAGGUGGAUUUGGUGAUGGUGCAGGUUUAGCUGCAGCCCUUGCCUUAGGAGCUGAGGGUAUUAAUAUGGGGACACGUUUUAUGUGUACAGUAGAAGCACCUAUUCAUCAAAAUAUCAAGGAAGCUAUGGUCAAGGCGGAUGAACGUUCAACUGCCCUCGUCUUUCGUCCCUUCCGUAACACAUCACGUAUCUUUAAGAAUACAAUUGCGAUGGAAGUCAAUGCACGUGAAAAAGACCCUAAUGUUCAAUUUGAAGAUGUACGUGAACUUGUUUCUGGUGCUCGUGGUAAACAAGUCUAUACGACAGGUGAUCCUAACUUUGGUGUUUGGACAGCAGGUCAAGUUCUAGGUAUUAUUGAAGACAUACCUACUUGUGAUGUAUUAGUCUCUCGUAUUGUAAAUGAUGCUGAAGCUAUUAUCAAGCAACGUUUGAAUAAAUUCGUCAUCACCUCUCCUCCUUCAAGCAAAUUAUAA